UGCCUUUCACAUUUCAGUAGUUUCCGUUAAUGCGUUCGCCUCGUCGAGUUAGCUCCUUUGAAUUUUUUCCUGUGUCGCGCUGACGCGUAAUUACGAUUAAAAUAUGAGAGCCUAAACGAACCGAAGGAAACAAUUAAGCUAAAAGCAGCGGAAAAGCGCCGGAAAAUAAGCAAACCAAAAAUUCAAACCGAAGGUUUUCUUCGCGUAUUGUGAUUUUUUGUUUUUUUUUUUUUUGUUUGUUUUGUUUGAGUGGCUGCUGCAAAAUGCCUCUGUAUUCGGAUUCAACCAACUACUACUAUAGUGGCGGCAGCAGUCAGCUGUAUUCGCCGUACUAUAGUUCCGGCUUGGGUCUCAACUUGGGCAUGGGAUCCUCACCAGGAUCGAGCUAUACGUCCAGCUACAAUCGCUCAUAUCCGGCCAGCUAUAUGGUACCCCUGAGUCCCUCCUCGCCGAGAUCGCCGAGCAGUUAUUCCAGUGGCAGCUCCGGCGGCAGUAGCUCCCUCCAUGGCCUGGGCUCCAGAUAUCAACCCAAACUGACCACGAUUACGGAGACGGGUCGGCACAGUGGUCAUAGCAGCCUAAUGCCUCUGACCAGGAUUAACUCACCGAAAUACAGCAGCUCGGUGACCACUCCGAGCUAUGGUUCAUCGGGCGCCAGUAGUCGGUACAUACCAGCCAGACCCAUUGCCAUCAAUACGGCGGAUAUCGAUGUGAGCUCCUCGCGAUAUCGCAGGGCAGUGCCAUCCAAGUCGCAGGAAAAGGAGCAGCUCAAGGAGGAGGUGAAGCAAAAGGAGCAGAAGGAGCAGGCAGAGGAGGAGGUUAAGCCUUCUCCCAAGGAAACACCAGCCGAAAGUUCAGAUGCAGGUGCCGAAAGCAGACCCAAUCGUAGGUCAACCAUCAGGAGAAAUCGUCCGGUUGUAAGACUAUCUACCAUACGAAGACGCAGCAAGGAUCGCAGUGCCGAGAGUCCCAAGAAGGAGCAAGUGCAGGAGCAUCAAUUCAGGGAUCUGCCACCUGCCACCGAGCCCAGUUUGAGUUGGCGUCAAAAGUUGGCCGAAGAAUUGGCAGCCUUUCCAGUGACCAGCAACAAAAAGUCACCCGGCGAAUUGCUUCGCGAGAGAUUCUAUAUAAAAGAUGAGAAGGAGGAACCAACCAAUUUCAAUAGAGCCCAAAUCCAAGAGCUUGUCCAACCACAAAGUGCUCAUAAAACUUCGACUCCGGAAGUGGAGAUAAGUGCCAAAAAGGAAGUGGAUGAUGAAAAGGAGGAUGACUCCGAUAAACAGGAACAGGAACUGGAGGAAAUGCAGGAGACCAUUCGUCGUUUGAGUUUGGUCCAAUGUCCGACAUUUCAUGACAUUUGCGAGGAUAUUUCAUCCGAUAAAAUUGAUGAUGAUCUGAAUGCCGGAGAACUCAGACGCAGGGCCUCCAUUAUUCAGGAGCAAGAACAGGAAAUACUAAAUAAAUUGCAGAAGUCGAACUCCGGCAGCUUUCAGUUGAUCCACCUGGAACGUAGAUCCAGUCACGAUAGUACCACCACAAACGAUGAAGAUCUCAAGGAGAGAUCCAAAAGGCGGUCCAAGAAGAGUAAGAAGAUGCGCCACAAGAUCACCGCCAUUGUUGAGGUGGAAAAUGCGCCCCAAGCUCAGCCAGUGGAACAUAUGCCCAGUGUUUUGGAGUUGAAUGAGGAAUCCCUAUUAAUACAACCAUUGACUUCCGGUUCCGGUUCGAGUUCCACUCCAACUCCCAGUCCGAAACCGAAGUUCACCGUUAAUGUGGAGACUGUGGAGGAACAUCAUCAGAUACACAAGAUCUUCAAGUUGCCCAAGAAAAAGACAGUGCCCAAGGAUCAGGACGAUUCGUCUUUGCCCGAAGGUUUCAUGAAAGCUGCGCCCAAAACAACCAAGACAUCGCCUCUGAAGAAAGCAAAUAAGCAGCAACUUGUGAAUGAGGCCCAGAUUUUUACCUUUGAUGAGGCAGCCAUACAACAGCAGCAACAAGUGCAGCAGCAGCAACAAACGCAGCCGCAACCGGAACUACCUAAAACCGAGGCCAAGGUCGAGGGCGUGGCUACGGCCAAGCCCAUUCGUAAGGCUAUACAGAAAUCGGAGAGCGGCGAGGACUUUUGGUCGCAGAUCGGUUCCAGGGAAACCCUAUACAUGACCAAUCGCAAAAAGGUCUUUAACAUGCGACAAGAGCAACAGGAGCAGCUCCUGGAGGAGGAAUCGCCAGCAACGCCAAAGGAAGCAAAGACAGAUUUAAAGACACCAACAACUCCCAAGCUCAAAUCGGAAAUUCUCAUCGAGCUGAAGACAACACCUUCCAUUGUGUCCACAAGUGGCAAAUCGGAAGUUCAAAAGGUACCAUCAGCACCACUUACUCCAACGGUUGUAAAAACUAACCAAGUCGAAGCAAAGAAAGUAGAAUCAAUCGAUACUUCAAGCAAAGCACCUGCUAGUGCAAUAUCAAAAACUGCUGAAUCUCCAAAAUUGAAAUCCGCAACUGAUAAUAAUAAGGACAAGCCGACGAUGGCCAAAAAAGACUUGCCAAAACUAAAAACGGCAGAAGACACUAAGCCAACAAUAACAACCAAAGCGACAACUGCAACACCAACGAUGGCCUCACCAAAAACAACACAAACUAAGGAGGAAAUAUCACAAAAAACAGAAAGUGCAGCUACAUCACAAAUAAAGGCCGAUAAACCAACAGCACUGCAAGUAAAACCACAAGAACUAACGAAAGUAGCAGCACCCACAACUCCACAAGCUAAAGUAGAAACACCGACAAAGGAUUCUCCAACAAGAAAGAUUGUCCCACCAACAACACCACAGGCAAAGGUCGAAACACCGACAAAGGAUUCUCCAACAAGAAAGAUUGCAACGCCAACAACACCACAAGCUAAAGCAGCUGCAUCAACAAUAUCACCACUUACAACACCACAAAAAACACCGCAAGCCAAGGCAGCAACAGAUGAGCCCAAGUCAACACCAGCAGCACCAAAGACAACAAUGGCCAAGAUCAGCAUGACAACAAUGGCAGGAACAACUGUUGCCGAGGCAGGAAAAACAAUCUCACCCAAGGGGAUCAAGCAAUCUGGCAACGCCGUAGCCAUGCCAGCAGCAACACCGACAACACCAACAACAGCAACAGGCAAAUCAAAAUUGAACGAAACAGCAGGGCCAAAAAUAAAUAGCGGGCAGCCGGCCAAGUCACCUGAACAACAACAGGCAACAGCAGCCGCAGUCGAAACGAAAAUAAAUAAAACAACGGACAAGGAACAACAGCAGCAGCAGCAGCAGCCGCAGCAACAGCAGCAACAACUGAUCGACACGGCAGCAACAUUGGUGCCACAAACGGAAACCAAAACGAAAUUGACGGAAGCCGCUGAGCCAACGAGCAAGUCAAAGGUGCAAUCACCGAAAACGACAAAGCCAAAAAGUGCCGGCAAAACAAAUGUUGGCAAAAAGAAGGCUGCAACGCCAGCAGCAGCAGCAGCAGCAGCCGCCGCACCAGCAGCAGCAGCAGCAACAGAAGCUGUUACGGCUUUGUCUGAGAGCAAUGUGACCCCAAUCAAUGCCGAUCAAUUUAUAACGCUGGCCCCCACAAAGGCGGCCAAAACAUCACCGAACAAGCAGCAAGCAUUGCAAUUGCAACAGCAACAUGAGGAGCAGCAGCGGCAGCAGCAACAGGCCACAAAUGCGUCAUCGCCGGCGGCAACUGGCGAUGCAACCACAACGCCCACAACAAUAACAAUUGGUGUUGCUGCUGUUAAUGUUGCUGCUGUUGCUGUUGCUGCUGCUGCUGCUGCUGCUGCUACUGAUGCUGCUGCUGAUGCGACUACCUCGCUCAGCAGCAACAACAGCUGCGGCGAAGGCGUCGGCAAUAAUUUAUCAAAGUUUGCAACAGUAUCGAAUUUGGCACAGUGUCUGCGAGACGUUGAUGCCGAGCUAGACGACUAUAUACCCUCGUCGGCGGAAAAUAGCCAAGAAGACGACGACGACGACGGGAGCGGCAGCAGUUCCGACGAUUAUUCCAGUGUUGACGGUUGUGCGAACUUAAGCGCCAGCAUGAAAAAGAAACUGCGCAAGGAGAAAAAGAAGCAAAAGGCGAAAGCCGCCGCCGCCGAGGCGAAAAGGUUCGAUCCGCACAAGAAGAUCAAGAUCGAUACGACGAACAAGUGUUAUGUGAAGGAGGAGGCGCCCAGGUAUCCACUGGUGGCCACACCGCGCCCGCUGUGGAAGCGCGAGAAGAUCGUCUAUUCGGAUGAGAAUACGGACGAUGAGAGCGGCAGCGAGGAGGGCAGCGGCGGCUCCUUGGACGAGGACAGCGACGAUGAGAGCGGCGGCGAGGAGUGCAGCUCCACCAGCAGCAGCGCCAGUUCCGAGGAUCUCGAUGCGGUGGCCAUGGCCACCAAGGGUGGUAGCUCCAAUGCCACAACGGUGCUGGAUUCGCCCAGUUCCAGCGGCUCAAAUGCCGGAACACUGGGUGUUCCCAGUGCUGGUAGUGGCGGUGGUGGUGGCGCCUCCACAUCCAGCUCACCGUCCAUCAUCCGGAUGAGCACCUGCAGCAACGAUUCCGGAUUCGAAGGCGGCACCGCGCCCUCCAGUCCCAAGAAGAUGUUAGAAACAUCAUAUACAUAUUCACAAUUCCAAAAAUCCGGACGUUUCACUGCGCCAGCAACAGUAAUACCUAGAUUUAAGAAUUAUUCGGUAGAUGAUUUCCACUUUCUGGCCGUUCUUGGCAAGGGAAGUUUCGGCAAGGUCCUGCUUGCUGAGCUGCGUGACACCACAUACUACUAUGCCAUCAAGUGCCUGAAAAAGGAUGUCGUCCUGGAGGAUGACGAUGUGGACUCCACGCUCAUCGAACGCAAGGUCCUGGCCCUGGGCACCAAACAUCCGUAUCUGUGUCAUCUGUUUUGCACCUUCCAAACGGAGAGCCACUUGUUCUUUGUGAUGGAGUACCUGAAUGGCGGUGAUCUCAUGUUCCACAUCCAGGAGAGCGGUCGCUUUUCCGAGGAGCGAGCCAGAUUCUAUGGGGCCGAAAUCAUCUCGGGCCUCAAAUUCCUGCACAAAAAGGGCAUUAUCUAUAGGGAUCUCAAACUGGAUAAUGUCCUGCUGGACUACGAGGGACAUGUUCGCAUUGCCGAUUUUGGCAUGUGCAAAUUGCAAAUCUAUUUGGACAAGACGGCAGAUAGCUUUUGCGGCACACCCGAUUAUAUGGCGCCCGAAAUCAUUAAGGGUGAAAAGUACAAUCAGAAUGUGGAUUGGUGGUCGUUUGGUGUGCUGCUCUACGAAAUGCUGAUUGGACAGUCGCCAUUCAGUGGCUGCGAUGAAGACGAGCUCUUCUGGUCCAUUUGCAAUGAAAUUCCAUGGUUCCCAGUUUACAUAUCCGCCGAGGCCACCGGGAUUCUCAAGGGGUUGCUGGAGAAGGACUACACGAAGCGUAUUGGUUCGCAGUACAGCCCGGCUGGUGAUAUAGCCGAUCAUAUAUUCUUCCGCCCGAUCGACUGGGGUUUGCUGGAAAAGCGACAAAUCGAGCCGCCCUUCAAGCCGCAAGUGAAACACCCCCUGGAUACCCAGUACUUCGAUCGGGUCUUCACCAGGGAAAGGGUGCGUCUAACCCCCAUCGACAAGGAGAUACUGGCAUCCAUGGAUCAGAAGCAGUUCCACGGCUUCACCUACACAAAUCCUCACAUCACCCUGGACUAGAGCCUAAUUAAUGUCCUAAUUAAUUAUUUAGAGCAACAGUAUUUGUAUAUGUAAAUAUUUAUUAUGGCCAAGAAAACAAGAGAUUAACAACCAAAGAAUAUUUGAAGUGAAAUCGAAAUUUUAAUACCUUGUAGUUAAGCUUUGGAGCACAUUGAAAAUUCGUAAUUCUAGUCAGUUAGCUAUACGUUUAUGUCUAAGUCUAAUUGUACAGAUAUCCCUCCUCACAUUUACCUAUAUAUAUAUAUAUAUACGUAUGCAUAUAAAUCUUUUUUUUUUGCAAAUUAUUUGUUCUAAAUUUUAGUGCUUAAGCAAAGGUCUACGUCUAUGAGAAAUAAAAAAUAAAUAAAAAAUACAAACAUAAUGCGGG